UCUCUCUCUCGCUCUCUCUCUCUCGCUCUCUCACUCUCUCCUUUCUUCUCUUGCCCCCUGUGUUCCUCUGGGAGCUAUUUAAUCAGUUACAGGGAUGUGUGUGUGUGUUUCUCUGCCUCUACGAACUGACUGACUGACUGUGCUACGUUACCUCACAGGGCACAUAAUCUCUCUCUCUUUCUGUCCCCCUCUAGCUUCCCCUUUCUUUCUCUCUCUCUCUCACUCCCUACUCUCUCACUCUCUCUCUCUCACGCUCCCUCUCCCUCUCUCACGCUCCCUCUCUCACGCUCCCUCUCUCACUCCCUCUCUCUGUCUCUUUCUCUCGGCUGAAUGGAGAAGGCAGAAUUUGUAGGUUCAUUGCCGGGGCCUGGCCUGGUUGCUGGGGAUGUAGUUGCCUUGUCGGAGGUGGUGCGCGGUACAGGCGAGGAGCCGGCGGGGACAGUGGUCAGUUCCAGACUGUUCCGCUGUGUGUGUGUCCGACGCUGGAUACCCCUGGCCUACAGAGAGGAACUCUACCAUGUACUGAGACUCACAGGACCUCUGGUGAGACACAAACUGUGUGUGUUUGUGUGUGUGUGUGUGUGUGUGUGUGUGUGUGUUUGUGUGUGUGUGUGUGUCCGACGCUGGAUACCCCUGGCCUACAGAGAGGAACUCUACCAUGUACUGAGACUCACAGGACCUCUGCUGGUGUCUCGGAUCCUGAACUUCUUGCUCCCGUUUGUCAUCACCAUAUUCUGUGGUCACCUUGGCAACGCAGAGCUGGCGGGAUACGCACUGGGCUCUGCGGUGAUCAAUGUGACCACGACCUCUACGGGCUACGGACUGGCUCUGGCCUGUGAUACACUCGUCUCUCAGACAUUUGGCAGCAGUAACCUGCACCGUGUGGGGGUGAUCCUGCAGAGAGCAGUGUUGAUCCUGCUGCUGCUUUGUCUGCCCUGUUGGGGCCUCCUCAUCAACGCCCAAAACAUCCUACUAGCCAUGAAUCAGGAGCAGGAGGUGGCCCGGAUCGCCCAACUUUAUGUGAUGCUUUACCUGCCUGCUGUUCCUGCUAUGUUCCUGCACCAGUUGCAAACAACUUACCUACAGAACCAGGGGAUCAUCCUACCUCAGAUGUACACAGCAGCAGCAGCUAACCUCAUUAACCUGGCUGUGAACUACAUCCUGCUCUUCAGCCUGGAGAUGGGAGUCAUAGGCUCUGCUAUAGCGAACAGCCUGUCUCAGAUCACCAUCUGUCUGCUCCUCUACUUAUAUAUCUGUUGGAGAGGCCUCCACAAGAACACAUGGGCAGGCUGGUCCAGUGAGGCCCUCCAGGAGUGGGAUUCCUACAUGCAGCUGGCCAUCCCCAGUACCCUGAUGGUCUGCUUCGAGUGGUGGAUCUGGGAGAUAGGAGGCUUCCUCGCUGGUAUGCUAGGAGAGGUGGAUCUUGCAGCACAGCAUGUGCUGUUGGAGAUAGGAGCCAUUACCUACAUGUUCCCUCUAGGUGUCCAUGCCGCUGCCUGUGUACGGGUGGGGAACGCUCUGGGAGCAGGAGACACAUCUAGGGCUCUACUCACCUGCAAAGUAGCCCUGGUGCUCUCAGGAGUGCUGGCUGUGUUCCAGGGUAUUGCCAUCGGUAGCUCCAGGCAUGUGUUAGGCUACAUCUUCACCUCAGACCAAGCCAUAGUGGACAACGUGUCAGUGAACCUUGGGCUCUACACCUUCAUACAGUUCUUUGAUGCUCUACUGUGUGUGUGCUCAGGUAUCCUGGUUGGAGCAGGAAAACAGAAGAUAGCUGCGCUGUCUAACCUGGUCUCAUACUAUUGCAUUGGCCUACCGGUCGGCAUCGCUUUGAUGUUCGCUGCUAAACUCAGGAUACUAGGUUUGUGGGUAGGUCUCUUCAUCUGUGUCAUCCUCCAGACUGGGUUCUUCAUCGUCAUCAUCUUCAAACUCAACUGGCAGCUUGUCGCCAAGGAGGCCCAGCUGCGUGCUGGGAAGAGUGGGCUGGUAACGUGUGUUCCAGCGAAGCCUCCUAUUGGACAGUCCUGCUCAUUAAAAUGUGCCCAGCCAGAGAGCGAUGAAUCCAAACCACCUGGUUACACACCAGUCAGCACCCAGGGAGGAGGACGAAGUGGGGAAGAACAGCAGGAGGGCCCAGGUGUCCAGUCCAAAGGUCUGCUGUCUGCCUCCCAGCUGGUCCUGAGGAGAGGUUUCACGCUGCUGACUGCAUUAUUCCUCCUGGCCACAGGGGUCGCUGUUCACCUGGCCUGUCCCCCUCCUGCACCCUCCAUCCACAGCCUCUCCAACCUCACCCUGGACUGGACCAACUCUUCUACCCCCACACCCCUCCUGGAGCUCACCUCACCCCUCUGAGACAGGAGAGAGGGGGGAAGGAGGGGGGAGAGGAGAGGGGUAGAGGGACUGGGUUGAGUCUCUGCAGGGACCAAUAAUGUCUGUAUGAACUGAACAGCACAGUGCUGGGGUCCUGAGACUCUCCUGAUCAGAGGAACAGCUGCCCCCAUCUCCUCUCCCCCCGUGGCUGCCUGCACUGCUGUCCUCUCUUCUUCUAUACUACUGUUCCUUCUAAAGAUAUAUUUUUAGUCUCCCAACAUGUUUCCAUUAUAUUUGUCUUUCAUUGUGAUGUCUACUCAGUCUAAUGUAGAACAGUUUGAAUCUGGAAGCAUGGAAUCAGUGUAAAUGUUUGAAAUCCAAUACAUGAGAUUAUUUCCUAUUGUAUGUUGAUGUGUGUGUACUUGUUUCUAAAGUGUAAAGUCACUGCACUUGGCCUAUUACCAGUUGAAACAGUGCUUUCAAAUUGUCAAAUAAAAGACUAACCGUGAGUUCUCAAUGAAAUGUCCAGCCAAAUGACCGGCGGUCAAUCAAUAAAACAUAUUCUAUA